UUUUAGGAGAAUGCUAACUAAAUGUUUUAUUUGUAUUUAAUAGAAAAGCCGAAAUAUCGUAAGUCGAUGUUUAUGGCGCCUACGGUAACCCAUCGUUUGGUAAAAAAUACAUCCUAUGCUGAUGUCGAAUUUUCUGAUGAUGAUGAUGAACCUCAAAUAGUAAAAGGUUUUGGCAUUGGAUGUGCUAGUGGGUCUGGCUUGAAUAAUGGGCGCGCUAUUAAAAAGGUACCACGCAUUUUCAAUAUCCCCAUUUUGCGUGAUAGUGAAAAUGUUCGGGCGCCGGUUUCGAAACCGCCACCUCCACUUAUUGAGCCACGCAGUGGCAGCAUCCUAGCGACAUCACUUAUGCCUGAGAUCGAUUUGACGAAACGCAAACCAAUGUCGUAUUCGGAGGUCCUGCGACAGAACUUACAAAUGCCUGCCAGUGGUGGGCACGUCUUGGGCAGGCGUUCGGCCAGCUCAAUUUCUUCUUCGGGAGGAACAUCAGCUUCUAAUGGUGGGCUGAAUAUAUUGGGAAACAUUCGCUCAAAUAUGUGGGCUACUAAUGCUCGUUCAAUUCUAACACAAGAAAAAGAAACCGAGGAGCAUGAAAAGUACCAGCAGCUACUAGAACAGGUUGUACCGUGUUUGUAUGGUGCAUCAGAGGGUGCAAAUGUACACUCUUUUGCGAAGCCUCCAUUCGGCUUUGAUGCGCCGCAACGUCGAGGCGCCCUGCACGCAAAUAAUAGCAACCAGAAACCAGUAGCCAAUCAACGAAAGUCUCUCGGUUUGCAAAACAGCUUGCCACGCGCAUUGAAAAGACCACCGCUUUCGUCUACCAUCAAUUUGGACGACGACGAUGAUGAAGAGAACAAUGAGGAUGUUACAUUCGUUAGUGUGAAGGACCAGCGUCCUAUACGAAAUGUUCUGCCAACGGUGAUUGUCGACGAUGAUGAAGAUGAGAUAAGUGAAAUAAUUGAUUUGGAUGACGAUGAGCGGCAAGUGGUUUCGGCAUGUACAAAAUUAAAAGAACAAAAUGCAUGCGGCGUUCCUUUGGGCACAAAAGACAAAAAGAAAUGUGUUACACGCCUUCCAUACGUUGAACCAGUCAACACAUUGCAAGAACGUUUCAAUACUUCCCCACAUUUAAAGUCCAAUUGGCUGCAAGCACUACAAUCUAAAUGGACUGAAAAGAAGAAGAAUCGUCUGCAAGAGGUUAAUGACACGGUGAAUGUGGUGGAGAAGCUGACAGCUGAGCGGCGUGCAGCUGAAUUGGAAAUGCAGGAUCGUCUGCGUAAGAUACAAAUUGUCGAUCCAGAUUUGCUCGUGAUUGAUGAUUUUCCAGUACAAGAAGUCGAAGAAGAGCCUGAAUUUGUUGAACUAACACCUGAAUAUCAAGCGCGAAUAAAGGAGGCAAUUAUAGGGCCACCCGACCAGGUUCUUGUGUCGAAAUUCAAUCUAAACAUUACACGUCGUGAUAUACACACGCUACUUGGACACAAUUGGCUCAACGAUGAGGUUAUCAAUUUCUAUAUGAAUCUGCUUACCGAGCGUGGUGAUACAAGACAUGAAUCACACGGUUUACCUACUGUCUAUGCAAUGAACACAUUCUUUGUGCCACGCUUACUAUCGGCUGGUCAUAGUGGUGUAAAGCGUUGGACACGCAAGGUGGAUAUAUUUUCCAAAGAUAUAAUUCCCGUACCAGUGCAUGUUGGUGGUGUGCAUUGGUGUAUGGCUAUUAUACAUCUGAAGAAUCGCACCAUUAAAUAUUAUGAUUCAAUGGGCACACCAAAUCCUAGUGUACUGAAAGCACUCGAACAAUAUCUCAAGGAUGAAUCGUUGGAUAAGCGAAAGCAAUCAUUCGACACUAGCGGAUUUGAAGUCGAGUCUGUACGUGAAGUACCACGACAGAUGAAUGGCAGUGAUUGUGGAGUAUUCAGUUGUAUGUUUGCCGAGUAUAUAACACGGAAUCGGGAGAUAACAUUUACCCAACAGCAUAUGGAAUACUUCCGUCACAAAAUGAUAUUGGAAAUUGUGCGUGGCGAUUUGUUACAGUAAAAGGAACAAUAAAGUCUAAUAUAAAUGUAUUUGAUCAUGAUUGGUAAAAGAAGUAUAUUAAAAAUCAGGUGUUUGUGGUGGAUAGACAGGAAGAGAAAUACAAAAUUUCAUAGAUGUUUAAAUGAAACCAGAAAUGGUUAUUGAUUUAUGGUGAGUGCAGAUAUUAAAGGGAGCUGCAAUCACAUGUACCAAUUACCAAUUCGUGGCCAAUGCGCACAUCCCAAAUUCAACGCUAUUAAUCUAAAGCUUUAUUGAUGUUGAAUAAUGCGCAUAUUCUUUUCAGUGUAGUUCUUUCAGUUAAAUAAUAGAGAACAAGGGCAGUCUAUAUUAAACAGAAUUUUGGCGCAAUAGUACAUUACUACAAAUGAUUAAAUGCCUAGUUUAAAAUUUGCAUAAAUACAAUAUGUAACCUAAACAAAUAUAAAUUAUAAUAUAAUGCUCUUUUUAAGUUACUGUGGAUACAUUUGUAUUUUUAACUUUCUAAUUUAUGUAUCGUGUGUCUUACUUUAAAUAUUGUGAAUUUGCUAAAAUCAUUUACGUUGUAUGUUGCUUGGCAAUUUUAAAUUGGGCACCUUCUCAUCUUUAAAUUGGAUAUCAAAAAAAAAAAAAAUCAAGAAACUAAAAGGGCAGUGCUUGGGUUCUACAUUAAUUUCACCUGCAACCAAACUACUAUAUAAUUAAUUUAUCUGUCUAUAAUAAGCCGUCUGCAGUUAUAAUGUAGCAUUUCUGAAUUACUUACGUACAUAUAGUUUUUAAAAUGAAUUUGUAUGUCACUGAUAAAAAGAGAAUAAAUAGUAUACAAAAAAGUAA